AUGGAUCGCUGUUUUGACGAGAUUGUGUUUGUCCACAAACAUCAAGAAGAAGAGAAAAAACAAACAAAUAAACUGAAAAGUCCAAUGCACAAUUUGAGGUAUCUAAUUAGUGACAUAGCUGGUGAGAAAACAAAACAGCAAUCGGCGAUGGAAAACAAAGAGCAAGAGAGUGAAGACGACGACAAACAAAAUUACAUAUCAUUACGCCUCUCGAUGGAUGGUUUCAGUUAUUUUUGGUUGCAAGUUGCAUCGAACCUGUAG